ACACAGGCCCUUCCUUGGGACGGCCAUCUGAAAUUCAAAUGGACGUGUGGAGGAGGCACGGCAGAACGGAGUCACGGGGGACCUUCCUUUACUCGGAAGCAGUAACGCGGGAGGGAAAAUAAACAUAAGGAAGGAGGAGGAAGCGGCUGCUAUGAGCGCGCGACGUCUUCUGGUCAUGGAAGAAGUUUUUGGGACACUUCGCUUCUUGGGACCGCUUCUCUUUUAGUGCGCUAGGAGAUACGACAUGGGAAAAUAAAUGAACGCCGGAGUUAUCCGUGAAAUUGUAGCCCAUCUGGCAAACGACUGCCACACCUUCGUCAUCAGUGUAACAGGUUUUCUGCACAACUGUCCAGAUGGGUUGCAGUUGCUGUAGGAUGAUAAAAAGUUACAUCUAUGACCCCUCAGUUCCCGUAGAAGUUCCUGGUCGGAAGCGGGACCCCACCAGCAGCUCUCUGUAUCAAUCUCACCGAUUUCCCGAGGAGGCAGAGCACAUUCACAAGAAGCAGGGCUUCCACAACCUAGCAUACAGCACCCAUCCCAGCCCGACCAAACUCGACAUCGACAACAACCACAUCAACCGGCUCCAUGCCAACGUUCCAGGCGAGCAGAUCCGACCGAGCCCAGCGGAGGGUGACCCAAGUCCUUACAUCCUCCAGCCCGAGGGCGAGGGAACGCCCAUAAAAGCCACCCCUGCCUCACGCGCCAACCCACCCGUACAGAACGAGUCGUUGUUGGGAACGGAACCGGGGAAGCGAGAGGACAGAUUCCGAGACUCCGGUCUGGGAGGUGGAGGGAUAACGGAUGGGACGGAGGGAUCGGACGGAUAUACCUAUGGACAGGAGGACGAAGACGAGGACAGGAAGAGCAGGCUAGCCGGUACUCCGGACACGGAGAGCGUGUUAUCUGUGGACAUGCACACCAGCAGCACGAGCCUCUCCUCAGCAGAUACAAAGCUCACGAUAGAGGACCGAGAAAAGGAAAAGCCCUCAGUCGAGAAAGGAGAGCAAGAGAGAGAGAAAGAGAUGGAUCGUGUGAGCGUCACAGACUCAAUGGUGGCAGAGGCCUUGGCCGCUCUGGACGCGGCGACUGCGGGAGAGGACUCCGAGUGACGUUCAGGUGCCUCACUACAUGGGAGAUUUCCAUACUCACUCUCUCGCUUUGAAUACAGCCAAAUAAUAGCGCUCGUGGAGCUUGCCUUUUAUUCUCAAUGGAAAAAAAUCAAAUGAAGCCUUAAUAACAGGAACUGCUGCUUGUUUACACAACAAAAACGAACCACUUACGAGAGUUACUUGAGCGAAUGAAGGUCACCGAAGGAACUCAAACUGAAAGGAUUUUCACAACUCAGUGCUGUCGUGUGCACAGCAUCUUAAUGAAAUAAGCUCAUUUCGUAUCGUCUGCACCAUAACAUCAUGAAAGUUCUCUUCUUCUGUAGCAACUGUUUGGAGGUGGGGCUAAAUCAGUCAUAAUUAUUUUCAUACAUUUUCUAUACAAAGAGGCGGUGAAAAACAAAUAAGCCAGUGUCCUGGUGUGGGGUUACUUCUGUGCUCGAUGUACUUUUAGAGACUUCGUAUGAUUAUAUGAUCAAACGCCUUGAUACAGUGAAAUCCAGUUCAUUCAUUCUCAAUAGAUCAAUAUGCUAUAUCUUUCCCACACUGUGAAUACAUCAAAAACACCCUCAUAGAUAUGUAGGAUGACGCGCGCUUUAUUUUCACGCGAAUUAAAGAAGAAUUGUGGGUGAAUCUCAUGAAAACAUAUUUCAACCAAAAAUAAAAAGUGAAAUUAUAUUUUGCAUAAAGUGCAUGUUUGUUCCGUGUUUUUGAUGCCCGUUUUAAAUGAAAUAUUUAAAUAUAUAAUUACUUUAUAAACUUAUUUUGAGAUUUUUGACAUUAAAGUUCAUUUAAGGAGGGAAUGCGUAAUGCAAAGCAUCGGCACAACGGUAGCAAAACGUAUGCAAAAUAUCAUUUGUUUUUCUUUCGAUUUUGAAAUAUUACCCAUUCAUGAGAUUUAUCCUUGUAUAUUUAUGUUGCUGUUGCACUUUGUACAUUUUCAAAUCGGUAGGGUGUUGAAAAAUCAGGCCAGUGAUGGUAGUUGAGGUUAUGCUCUUAACUAGUCCUGGUUAACUAUCAGAGGCCUGAUGAAAAGAACCCGACUAAUUUAACUGCAUGGUACGGCACUCAUCUCUCGUGCAGGCAUUUCUAUACACUAUUACGUUUUUUUUUUCAAAAAUGAAUGUACCCCUUUACACAAGAAAUGAUUUUGUUUUUAUCUUUAUGAAGGUCGUCGAGUAUUUCCAAACGUUUUACCAAGUAUGCAUUGGUUGAACUUUAUGUGUUGGUCAGAAUCAUUUCUUUUAAAUCUGUUAAUGAGUAAACGUUAUUGACGUCGGACUGAUCAUCAUGACUGCAUCGAUUGCACAUUCACGGCGAGCAUGCUGUGUAUGUUCCAUUCUUUCCGCUUUUACCAGAGGACAGAAUUGUCACAUGAACCGGGGCAAAAUAAAAACAAUGUGCUUGAUCAUAA